AUGGAAGCGCUACAGGAGAUGCUUAAGGUGAUGAUGGAAGACCGUAAGAAAAGGGAUGAGGAGAUCGCCGAGGAGCGUAAACGAAGGAAAGAAGAGUUCGUGGCGGAACGAGAAAGAAGCAAGGAGGAUAGUCUGUGUCUAGAGAAAGAGAAAAUGGACGCAAUGCAAACGCAUAUGGAGUCAUUGAUAAAGCUAGUAGAAGCUUCUACAAAAAAGGAAGCUUCACCUCCGAGGGAACUUAGCGUUAAACUGAUGCCGCUGUCGGAGAAGGACGAUAUCGAGUCGUAUCUGACGUUCGACCGUAUCAUGGAGGCUCACAAGAUCAAAGAGAAGAGACGGACACAGUUUUUGGCUCCUAAUCUCACUGGUAAGGCCCAGCUAGCUUUUACCGCUUUACCAGCAGAGGAGGCAGCCAAGUACAAGGAGUUGAAGCGGGUGCUGCUUACCCGCUACAAUAUCAGUGAGGAGACUUACAGAAGACGGUUCAGGUUGGAUGGCCGUAAGAAAGAAGGAAGCAACCGUGAACUGGCAGUUCGACUCAUGGACUGGCAAGUAAAAUGGCUAAAGGAGUGUAAGAAGGUCAAGGACGUCAUGGAACUGGUGGAAAUCGAGCAGUUUCUGAACUUACUACCGACGGAGAAGAGGCUAUGGGUGGCUGAGAGGAAACCCAAGUCAUGCAUACAAGCAGGAGAGCUUGCUGACGAAUAUGAGCAGGCUAUAAGGAAAGACACUCCAUUUCAACAGAAGAGUACUAAGAAGCAUGGAGUGAAAUGUCAAUACUGUGCUAAAAUAGGGCACUUAGAGAAGGAGUGUAGAAAGAAGUUGGCAGAUGCAAAGGAGAAGAUCUGUUUUCAUUGUAGAAAGCCUGGACAACUUACAUCCCAUUGCCUUGAGAAGACAGGAGCAGGCUCAGCGAUGAUGGGUCGGGAGUCUAGCAAGGGAUUACGCAGGAGUGGCUCAAUUAAUGGUAAAGCGAUUCAAAUACUGCUCGACACCGGUUGUUCCAGAACAAUGGUACCCAGUUCAUUAGUUCCACAGCAAUGGAUGCUUGAAGGAGAAGCAGUGACUAUACACUGUGCGCAUGGAGACACCAUACUCUACCCACUGGCUCAGGCACACCUGAGUAUAGGAGAGAAGUCAAUUACUGUUAAGGCAGCUGUAUCUGAUACUCUACAAGUAGCAGUGUUGCUGGGAACAGAUGUGAAGGAGCUGUCUGAGCUGUUAGGACAGGAAGUGACAUUGGAUGACUGUACUGACGAUGCAAUGGUGGUGCAGACUCGAGCAGGAAGGCAAAGAUGA